AUGUCGAUAUCGUUUUCGCUAAAACACGCGGCAAAAGGCGUCAAAGCUGCCAGGUUAAAUCGUGCGCGUCUAGAUGAGGAAGAAGAAGAGGAAGAAAAUUCGGUACGUGAUGUGCCUUUAAGCGGGAAACGCAAGCGCGAAACGUCUCUCCCUGCCGCUCCCAAAGUGAUUCCUCUUUUAUCUUCGUCUGACUGGCGUCAAGAUCGAAAGCGCCGUAAUGGCGUUGUAAAACCAGAAAACUUCAAGCCAUUGGAUGGAGACACGACGCCGCCUGCGAACCAGGCAUCAUCGCGUGACGACACACCUCCGCCAACAUCGCAAGAUCCCUCUGAUGCCGCUGCACUCCAGGCACUCUUGUCAGGCGAUGCGGUUUCUACGAAAACAGCGGGACCAAAGCGCAUCAUUACUCAGCCAUCCGAAGAAGACAUGUUGCACCAUGAUGUGGACACGCGGCCUGAUGAGCCGACGCUGCAUGACUACCAAAGUAUGCCGGUGGAGGAAUUUGGUGCGGCGAUGUUGCGAGGUAUGGGAUGGAGAGAGGGCAUGGGAGCUGGCAAGCAGCGAAAUGGACCUGCACAGGCUCCCGAAGUCAGGAAACGUGCCGCAUUACUGGGGCUAGGCGCGAAGGAGCGUCCCAUACCAACAUCUGUUGGGCCGCGCCACCGUUCUUCAGAUCCGAAGCGCUUUUCGCACCAUGAUACCCGAUCUAGACACAGUCCCAUGUCAAUGCGGCGCUAG